AUGAAAAUUAAUUCUGAAGAUCUUCAUUUAUGGUUAAUGGCCUUGGAGAGUGACGAUGAUAUGGUUGAUUCCGAUAAAUUGUCCUAUGCUGAAAUAGAACAAGAAACUUUAGUAAUUGACGAUAUUGUAGAUUUGACACAAAAUUAUUUAGAAGAAGGUGAAAGAGAAAUGUUAGAUACCAACGAUGACUACAAUUUGCAAGCCAGAAAUAUGAGUUAUUCACCGGAGGAUUUGGUGGCUCGAUUUUUAGAACAACUAAAUGAUUAA